AUCGAUCGACCGCCCAAGAAGUGUGUUCGUGACGGGGCUCACGUGGGUGCGGACACAUUCAUGACUCAAGACUCGCAGCCACUUGAUUCUGACUCAAUUGAUUCACGACUUUUGCAGCUCCGAUCCGAUCCUGGUUCUCGGCCACGCAGGUAACGAUGCGAACGUUCUCAAGCGCAGUCACGAGUUGCCUUGGUCUAGAUCUUCAUUCCAUCUUUUCGAUUCUGAUUCACCAAUUGGAGAUCCGAUGGGCGGAAGACCAAAUGAGAACACGCUUCCAACCUGCGUUGCACACCCAGGCAAAGACGCCGGCCGUCACGCGGACUCAGAAGCUGCAAACGUAAGACGCGCAGAAUUCAUCAGGCUCGACGACACCGUCUCCAGCCGAACGAAGAUUGCACUAGUCAAGAGCAUAUCAGCUGCCAGUACAGCGCCCGCUCAAUUGUUGACAUUCGAAUGUGAAUGGAACCUUGCUUUGGAGACGUCCUUGGAGGUGCGGCGAGCCAGACUUGCGGCGCAAGAUGAGUCUCAAGGCAGAAACUAAGGUUUCACCCAUGACACGCUGCGACGGCGCAGAGCGAACCCCAGAGACCAGAUCACAUCUUUGAUCACUUGAAUGUAACCUGACACUAAGACCUGUCUCUUUCCCAGCAGUCUUCCUAGUGAGAUAGAUGAUCUCACGUGACACCGCACCCCCGCUGUAAAAUAGGGGUGGUCUUCGGCCUCAGUCAAAGGGCCUCGAAAACCGCAGCGUCUUGGCGACAGAUCUCGGUAUCUAGGUGCUCUUCCAGCGCCGACUUGGAUUUAGCAUGAAUGAAGCUUUCGUAUUUGCCCGAAUUGCUGGAGGCGUCUCAGAUGCUGCGCAGUACCAAGAGUAGGGAAACGAGGAAGAUCCAUUCAGCGGACCGGCGUUGAAUUGGAACUCCG